AUGAAAGGCCAGGUAAUAGCUGAUUUUUUGGUUGAUCAUAGUGGGUCAAAAGAACAGGAGAUGGUGGUGACGUUGAAACCAUGGGAAAUGUAUUUCGACGGUUCGAGGCAUAAGAAAGGUACCGGGAUAGGUAUCUUAAUAAUUUCGCCCCAAGGGAUCCCGACGAAAAUUAAGUUGGGAAUCGAAGGUGAGUGUUUGAAUAAUGAGGCGGAAUACGAGGCUUUAUUGAUAGGGCUCGAAACGGCCCUAAAUCUGGGGGCUAAAGAGCUUUUAAUUCGUGGAGAUUCAGAGUUGGUUAUUAAACAAUUGACCGGCGAAUACCAAUGUAUUAGUGAGAGCUUAAUGAAAUAUCAUUCAAAAGCAGUCAAAAUGUUGAGAAAUUUUGAUGAAGUCGAAUUAUCUCAUAUUCCUAGGAUUGAGAAUGCUGAAGCUAAUGUUUUGGCACAAAUCGCGUCAGGUUACCGGUUACCUCGGAAAAAGUUUAAAGAGUUAGUAAAGGUCAAAAGAAAGUUUAUCCCAAGCUUUAAGGAAGGGCGAACGGAGUUCGAGCGAGAGGUAUUGGUCAUUAAUAAUUUAGAUGAUAAUGAUUGGAGGAAACCUGUCGUAAAAUACUUGCAAGACCCAAAUGCUCCAGUAGAUCGAAAAACAAAGUAUCGAGCUCUAAGUUACUUGAUUUUGAAUGAUGAAUUGUUCAAAAAGGGAAUGAAUGAAGUUCUUCUAAAGUGCCUAAGUGAGGAAGAGGCAUUUCGAGCAGUCAAAGCCGUUCACGAUGGCAUAUGUGGAGCACAUCAGGCAGGCCACAAGAUGAAGUGGACUUUGUGUCGGCAAGGAGUAUAUUGGCCAAGCAUGUUAAAAGAUUGCAUUGAAUAUGCUAGGUCUUGCGCCGAAUGUCAGAAGCAUGCCGGCAUCCAACAUGUGCCGGCGAGCGAGUUACAUUCGAUUGUGAAACCUUGGCCAUUUAGGGGUUGGGCGUUAGACUUGAUAGGUCAGAUACACCCUUCUUCGUCCAAACACCAUGAAUACAUAAUAGUGGCUAUCGAUUAUUUCACCAAAUGGGUCGAAGCCAUUCCGUUGAGAAGUGUAGAUCAAGAUACGGUUAUUAAUUUUAUCCAGGAACACAUAAUAUUUAGAUAUGAGAUUCCUGAGACGUUAACUACUGACCAAGGGUCAGUAUUUACCGGAAGGAAAAUGGCUCAGUUUGCUGAGGACUUUGGAAUAAAACUGUUAACUUCGACGCCAUAUUAUGCUCAAGCGAACGGACAAGUCGAAGCGGCUAAUAAAGUUCUGAUUAACUUGAUUAAAAAACACGUUAGUCAAAAGCCGAAAAGGUGGCACGAAACUUUGAGUCAAGUUUUAUGGGCUUAUAGAAAUUCGCCCAAAGAGGCCACUGGAGUAACUCCUUUUCGACUUACGUACGGGCAUGAGGCGGUCUUGCCGAUCGAAAUAUACUUGCAGUCCGUGAGGAUUCAGAGGCAAUUCGAGAUCCCGUGCGACGAUUAUUGGAAUAUAAUGUACGACGAGUUAGUCGAAUUGGAGGAAGAAAGAUUAAAUGCUUUGGAAGUAAUGAUUCGACAAAAAGAACGAAUUACUAAAAAGUUAUAA